AUGUCUACUGAGUCUAAACUCUGGCAACCCCUCAAACUGGGAAAUGUCAGCCUCUCUCAUCGCAUCGCUCUCGCCCCCAUGACCCGCCUUCGCAACGAUGAUGACCACCUUCCUCUCGACUCAGUGGUCCAGUAUUACAGCGACCGCGCCAGUAUCCCCGGGACUCUCGUGAUUAGCGAGGCAACUGGCAUCUCCAAGGCUGCUGAAGCAGCCCCAAAUACUCCUGGGAUCUCCAGUCGUGAUCAGAUUCAGCGUUGGAAAAAGGUUUUCGACGCCGUGCAUGAUAAGGGAAGCUACAUGUUCAUGCAGAUUUGGGAUCUGGGAAGAGCAGGGGACCCAAACUAUCUCAAGAGCCGUGGAUAUAAGUAUUCGUCCAGUAGCGAUAUUCCCAUGGAAGGGUAUCCGGUUGCACCCGAGGCACUUACAGAGGAAGAGAUUUGGCAGAAGAUUGACGAGUUUCGAAAAGCUGCUAGGAAUGUCAUUGAUGCGGGUGGUGAUGGUGUCGAGAUCCACGCCUGCCAUGGAUAUCUCAUCGAUCAAUUUAUCAGCGAGAGUGUCAACAACAGAACUGACAAAUGGGGAGGCUCAGUCGAGAACCGAGCCCGGUUUCUCCUAGAAGUCGUCAAAGCUGUCACCGAAGAAGUCGGAGCUCAACGUACAGCUAUCCGAGUUAGCCCAUUUGCGACAUUCCAGUCUGCUUACACUGUCAACCCUUGGGACCAAUUUGGAUACAUCAUCACCAAACUAAAGAAAGCCCAAUACAAACUGGCUUACAUCUCCUUUGUCGAGCCCCGCGGCAACCCUGCUCAGACUGACAUGACGAUUCAAACGCUUGCCGGCGAUAAUGUCAACCCUUGGGGAGACAAGAAAAGAAGUCUUGACUAUUUCCUGAAAUUGUGGAACAACCAGUCUCCUGUCAUAGUUGGAGGAGGAUACCUGUCUGAUAACGUGUCGGAAGCUGUUGACGGUAGUUACAAGGAAUGGGAUGUAGUGGUUGCGUUUGGUCGAUGGUUCAUCUCGAACCCAGACCUCAUUUACCGUGUUAAGAAUGGCAUUCCGCUGACACCUUACAAGAGGGAGUUCUUCUACGCCGCGAAGAGCGAGUCAGGCUAUAACGACUAUUCGUUUAGUCAAGGAUUUAUUGAAGCUACCAAGGCUUAA